GAUCGACCCCGUUCGAACGGCUGCCGCGGGCAAGGUAGAUCUCGGAGCAUUCCUCACAUACCCAGCGGACAACUUACCUAAGGCUGCAUCCGAGGAGCAGCAUCAGUUCAUACCCUCAGACAAAAUCGCCGACUUUGGAGCCCAUGCCAACCACUAUUAUCAACUUACAGUUACCUAUUUCAAGUCUGAUUUGGACCGGGCAUUAUUCGAAGAGUUGUGGAAAGAGUACUGGAUGAACACACUCUCGUCUUCAAACGUCGAAGGG